AUGAUUGACAAAAUGAUUCACAAAAUGGACUCUCUCAGGAGGGAAAAGAGUGAAGUGUUAGGAAUUUUAAGGGAGAAACAUUCUAAAACGUUACAACUGAUCAAAGUAAGAACCCCAAAGUCCCAAGAUAAACGAACAAUAGUGCAUUCACCAACUCCAAGGAAAAGUAAAAGAACGUUAUUUUCCACCCCCCAGAAAAACGACUUCGGAGAAAGUCAUGCCAAAAUCAGUUUACAAAGGGCAGAUCAGAUGGAGAUACCAUGUGUAGAAACAUUAAAAUCAGCUCCAGAAAAUCAGAAAGCCAUGUCUAUUACCAUAAAGUCGUUCACGCCAAGUAAACUCAAGGUGCUGUACAGAACUACCAAGAGUGAGAAAGUGAAAAGUAGAAUUAUUCCAUUAGGUCAUUGCCAGAAAAUUGUCAAAACCUUAACAAACAACAGUUCAUGUGACAGAAUUGGAAGAAUUAUCUACAAAACACCACUAAAAGCAGCGGUGAACAAAGCCGUUUUCUCUGAAGUGGAGAAGGACUGUGCUGCCAUGUGUUCCAAAAAGUUGCCUUCAGUAUUAAGAGAUUUUAGCAGUGAAAAUGUGUCAACUUUCUCCUUGGACAAAUUGAACAUUGAAAUACAAAAGAAAGCUCCAGUGUUGCAUGGAGUUCUGCAACAUUCUGUGAAAGGAUCCAUUUUGGGAACUGUUGUCACUGCAGCAGUGGCGCUGAAAUUUCGCAACAACCAGUUGUCAGCAUUACACCACAUAGUAGCUCAGAUUUUAGAUAAAGGGGGAGCAACAGAUGAGGCUAUUGAUACUUUAGCAAAACUUGGUGUAUGUGUAUCAUCAUCAGCAAUGUCAAAGCAGAAACAGAGGCUCUUACAGAGACAGAAAGAGAAAAUUGGAACCCUUAUGCUGAAGGAAAAGGAAGAAUUAGAAGAAUCGGACAUGUUGGAUAAAAGUGAAAACAAGUCUGAGGACAUGAUCACUAUCUUGGAACACAUACAUGCCAAUUACAUUGCACAUACUGAUGGAGAAAAUCCAGCUGUCAUCAAGAAAAAAGUGUUCGGAGGUGACGUGCUUACCAAUGAACGAGCUUAUUCAGCUCAACUUGCCAUGUUGAAUGGUGACACAGAUUAUGACAGACUUGGUGGGGGCACUUGUUCAAAUAGCAAAUGGAUUUCCUAA